UCAGGCACUUCACUUCUACCACCCCACAUCGCGAUCUCUGUUUGCCUCCGCCACGAGGGAACCUAAAUCAACAUGGCCAUGCACCCAGCACGGCAGGCGUAUGUGGAGGAGGGGGAGCCCGAGCUAUCGGCGGUUCCCCAGGCGGCAUGGCUUUUCGCGCGGAGGCUGACCAGACCGCGGGCUCUAGGACCAAGAGAUGGAGGGGAUUGAUCUCGCCAAUGUCCCAAUCGACCGCGACCACUAUAUCCCAACGGUGACGCCCGGCGCACCAAACGAGAAGGCCUCUGAGCUUCUAUCGCAGUUCGAGCGCAAACGCCGAGUGGCACAGCUCAUAGUGCCCACUGCUGAUCGCGAUGUGAAGGCUCGUCUUCGCUCCAUUGGGGAACCCAUCACCCUGUUUGGCGAAGGCCCGUCGGAGAGGCGUGAUCGUUUGCGAGAGCUGCUUGCUCUUCAGGCAGAAGCAGCGGGCGAGGAUGGUGAUAUUCAGAUGCAGGAUGCGGAUGAGACGGCGGGAGAAGAACAAGAGGAAUUCUACAGUAUAGGUCAACCAAGGCUGCUGGAGGCUCGGAGAGAUCUGGCUAAGUUCUCGCUUCCACGAGCCAAAGCACGUGUGGCUUUUCAGCGACUAGAAUCUUCAAUUUCGCUGAAGACACACGUCGAACACCGGAACCGCAUCAAGGAGCGCCUCCAAGGCUUCGAUUUGUACGGCUCGCAAACCUCCGACCGUCCAGUGGGCAUCGUUAGAUUCUCUCCCAGCGGCGAAUACGUUGCGUGCGGAACCUGGGCUGGACAAAUUAAGCUAUUGGACGUGCCUAACCUCAUGCCGAAGAAGUCCUAUCGUGGUGGCCACCAAGACCUCACAACUGGCAUCGACUGGCGACCGGGAGCGACACUUCCGGAGAGCGGAGUCUCUCCCUCAUCCCUGAAUCUUGCUUCCGGUGGCGGGGGUGGAAAGAUCCAGCUGUGGUCGUUAGAGGAAGACAAGCCCCUUUCUACUUUAGAGGGUCACACCGACCGCGUGUGUAGGAUAGAGUUUCACCCCUCUGGCCGCUACCUUGCUUCUGCAUCGAACGACACGACAUGGCGUCUCUGGGAUGUCGAGACUUCCGCCGAGUUACUCCUCCAGGAAGGCCAUUCAAAAGAAGUCUUCACAGUAAGCUUCAACACCGAUGGUUCAUUGCUUGCAAGCGCAGGCUUGGACAGUAUUGGCCGCGUUUGGGAUAUUCGCAGUGGCCGCGUUAUCUACAUUAUGGAGAGUCACAUCAAACCUAUUCACGGUGUCGACUGGAGCACCGACGGCUAUCGCUUGAUCACGGGAUCUGGGGACGGUUUCAUGAAGUGCUGGGAUGUUCGCGCUAUGCGGGAAACAAACAGUAUCGGUGCCAACUCAGGAGGUGUAACAGACUUGCGGUGGUACAAGGGCACCGAUGGAUCAGCUACAGGGGCUGCACUGCGGAGGGAUGAAGAUGGUGAACUGAUCCCGAAGAAAGCCUCCACCGUGAUCGUCUCUGCGGGAUUUGACAAGAACAUCAAGAUCUUCUCAGCCGACGACUGGUCUCUCUGCAAGUCCUUAAAGGGUCAUCAAAGCCCAGUGCUCAGCACUGACAUAUCAAGGGAUGCCGCCUGGAUUUGUAGCGGUGGGAAGGAUCGGACAGUGAAGCUUUGGGCUCGUGAUGACCAGGAGGGUAUAUGAGCAAGAAAAGAAACCCGGGAACCAACGGUUCUUUCUUCUGCCUUCGGGAUCAUAACAAUGCGAUUGUGCAUUGAUGCUGGCGGUUGGCCGUGCGGAAUGCGUGCGCCUUUUACAC